AUGUUGCGUUGCACGAAUGUUGUACUUAAUUACAGAGCGGCACUUGAGCUUGACCGUAUUCGCAGCAUGCUCCGUGGAAGAGCCCGACUGGAGCGUAAAGUUGGAUUGAAACGUCUUUAUUUUCUCAUGCGCACACAAACCCGUUAUCGUGUGGAGCAGCAAUCCCACUGGAACCGUGCGAUUGUGCGAAAGAAUGUAGACAGUGCGGCCCGUGAGCACGGCUCCGGAUGGCCACAACUCCGCAAUGAGUUGGCACGACAAAACAUGAUUCUCCUCCCACACACGCAACAAACAUUAGCGCAGUAUGAGCCGCUGGCCUUUCGCGCUGUGAUGGAACUCUGCGCCUCCCGCAUUCCCCCACCGCCGCCGCCCGCCCUAGUGGAGGUGCCAGAGGAGACUUAUGUAGAUUGGGCAACCAUCAGAGAAAAAGAAGAGGAAGAGGGUAAAGGGAAUAAAUCACAUCCCGCCGCCCGCGUGGAACUGCGCAGAGGAGUGGAGCGAGUGUUGCAACAGAGUGGUCCAUCGCUCCUGCGGGAUGCUGUGAAUGGGAAUGUAGAGAAGUUGAUGGAUGCGUGGAAGGAGUUUGAUGUGGUGGCCUCAAGAGGAGGAGAGAAGAAAUAG